AUGCGCGCCACAACAGCUCCCGCAGAGGAGGAUCCCACGCAGAAAGCCGACAAGGUUGCGGCGGAGCACGAGGAGGACGAAGUUGAUGAAGUGAGCGAUGACGGUGAGGCCUACGAAGAGGAAGAUGCCGAAGAUGUAGGCGACGAGGAGGUUGAGGAAGUCGAAGAGGAAUACGUGUCUGACGAAGAGGAAGAUUUCGAUGCGGCGGCUGGGGCGGACGGCCAGAAGGAGCUCGGGAACGCGCACGGGGUGAAGCGGCGGCGCGAGGAGGAAGAGGACGAGGAGGAAGAAGAAUACGUGGAUGACGAUGAAGAUGACAGCGAGGAUGAGGACGAGCAGGGCGCAGAAGGCUCCGGUGACCCUUCGUCCGGCGACGACGACGAGGACUACGAAGAGGAGGAGGCUGGCGACGACGCCGAAGCGGGCGAGGGUUCGCGGUCGGAGAAUGCGAAUGCCUCGUUGCAGGAUGAGCUCGACGAAGAGGACGUCGAUGAGGAAGUCGAAGAAAUUGAGGACGACGAGGAGGAACAGGGCGACGAAGAGGAAGACGACGACGAAGGCGGCGGUGACCCCGGCCCCGCGAAGAGAAGACGCGCAGCGUGA